GAGACACAAAACACAUAGAGGUAUCAACAAGGAGGGUGAGGAAAAGAGAGAUAACAGAGAGAGGGUGUGGAAAAGAUAGAGAGGUAUAAAUCGAGUGAAGGCGAGGGAAAGGGAGAUAUAAAUAGAGAGAGGGUGAGGAAAAGAAAGAGUUAUAAAUAGAGAGAGGGUGAGGAAAGAGAGAGAGAGAGAGAUAGAGAGAGGGUGAAGAGAAGAGAGAGAUAUAAAUAGAAAGAGGGUGAGGAAAAGAGAGAGAUAUAAAUAGAGAGACGGUGAGGAAGAGAGAGAGAGAGAUAACCAGAGAGAUGGUAAAAUAGGGGGUGAAGAGCGAAGAGAGGCACUGUGUAGAGAUUCAGGGGCGUGUCACAGCGCUGCAUUUUCCGAGCUGCAGCGAAGGCGUCACGGUCUCUGGUGUAACGUGAGCGGAGGAGAGGCUCGUGCUGCUGAUGCUCUGCGCCCCUCCCCCUCCUCCUCCUCCUCCUCCUCUCUGCUCUUCAUCUCUGCUGCUUUCUCUCUUUGCACAGACCAGGCCGCGCACACCGACACAUCCCGGACUAACACACCCAGAACCGGAUUACAGCCAGACCAGCACCGGUCCAGACCCAUCAGCGACCAUCAGCGGGUAAAUACAGGAACACAAGGCGCGUGUAUGUGUAUGCGUGUGAGUGUCAGUGUGUGUGAGUGCGUGUGUGUGUAAGCUGGCCUGCAGUCUCAUAGUGAUGGAGGUUAGAGUCACCUUUAAUGUGAUGAUUGAUCACCUGUAAUCAACUGAUGGAUCAUGAUGAGGUCAUUAAUGGUGGGUGAUGUCACCGAGCUCAGAUUCAAUAUGGUCAUGUUUCUGUUUCUCUGCAGAGCUCUGAGCCUCUAUUAUUUACCUCUACAUCACUGCUGCAUGUGUGUGUGUGUGUGUGUGUGUGUGUGUGUGUGUGUGUGUGUGUGUGUGUGUGUGUGUAUGUAUAAAUAUCUGUGUUUUGUGUGUGUGUGUGUGUGUGUGUGUGUGUGUGUGUGUGUGUGUGGUGUGUGUGUGUGGAGGAUUCCCCUGUGUAAAAACCAGCCUGCAUGCUGCACUUUAGAAAAACACAGGAGGAGGAGGAGGAGGAGGAGGAGGAGGAUGUUCGUAGAAACAAAUGCUGAAUUAUCGGCAGCUUCAGAAUCAAGAGUCAGUGUGUUAAAGCACUGAACACGGAGCCUGAUUAAGUCUGCUGGUGAUGGUUAUUAACAUCAUCGCUGUCUUCUCUGUAAUAUAAAUCAACAACAUUAUCACCUUCAUCACAGUAUAUCUAUCAGAUCAGAGCUGAUAGUGAAAAAAGGAGUAAGCAUGGUCAUUAGACAACGCAAUCAGCCACAAUUCACACUCGACUGGAAAAAUAACAUGGGCUUAGCAGUAGUUAAACACAGACAGAAGAGGAGUAAUACCACAGACAGAAGUGGGGUAAUAACACAGACAGAAUAGGAGUAAUUACAGCACAGACAGAAUAGGAAAAAUAACACAGACAAAAAAAGGAGUAAUCACAUAGGUAUAAGGGCAGAAAACACAGAAAAUAGAGGUAAUAACACAGACAGAAGAGGGAUAUUAAUACAUGCAAUACAGUCAUAAUAACACAGACAGAAAAUGAGUUAUAACACAGAAAGAAGAGGAGUAAUAACACAGAUAGAACAGCGGUGGUAACAUAGACAGAAAAGUAGUGAUAACACAGACAGAAUAGUAAUUACAGUAGUUACAGCACAGACAAAACAGAAGAAAUGACAGACAAAAAAGGAAAAAACACAGAGAAUAGAGGUAAUUGCACAGAGAGAAAAGGGGUAAUAAUACAUACAAUAUGGUCAUAAUAACACAGACAGAAAAUGAGUUGUAACACAGACAGAAGAGGAGUAAUAACACAGACAUUACAGAAGGUAAAACACAGACAGCAAGGAGUAAUAACACAGAAAGAGCAUAAGUUAUAACAGAGACAGAACAGGAGUAGUAACACAGACAGUACAGGAGUUAUAACACAGACAGCAAGGAGUAAUAACACAGACAGUACAUAUGUUAUAAAAGAGACAGUACAGGAGUAAUGACACAGACAGAACAGGAGUUAAAACUGAGACAGUUCAGAAGUAACUAUACAGACAGUACAGAAGUAACACAACAACCAGUACAGGAGUUAUAACAGUGUGAGUACAGGAGAAAUAACACAGACAGUAAGGUAUUAAUAACAGAGACAGAACAGAAGUUAUAAGACUGACAAAAAAGGAGUACAAACACAGACAGUGCAUGAGAAAUAAUACAGUCAGUACAGUAGUUAUAACACAGACAAUUCAUGGGUUAUAACACAGAGAGUACAGGAGUUAUCACACAGAGAGUACAGGAGUAAUACAGGAGUAAUAACAAAGACAGUACAGGAGAUAUAAGACAGACAUUACAGAAGUUUUUACGCACAGGAGGAUUUACACAGACAGUACGGGGGUUAUAACACAGACAGUACCGGAGUUAUUGCACAGACAGUAAAUGAUAAAUGUCACAGUCAGAACAGGAGUUAUAACAGAGACAGAAGAUGGGGUAAUAACACAGACAGUACAGGAAUUAUAACACAGACAAUACAGGACUUACAAUACAGACAGAAGAGGAGUUAUAACACAGACAGUCCAGGAGUAAUAACACGAAACGGGGUAGUAACACAGACAGUCCAGGAGUUGUAACAGAGACAGUACAUGAGUAAUAACACAGAUAGUACAUGAGUAAUAACACAUAAUAGGAGUAAUAACACAGACAGAGGAGGAGAAAUAACAUGGUUAGUACAGGAGUAAUAACACGGCCACCACAUGAGUUAUUACACAGACAGAGGCGUGGUUAUAACACAGUCAGUAAUAACACAGACAGUACAGAAGUUAAAACACAGACAGCAAGGAGUUAUAACACAGACAGUACAUAUGUUAUAACAGAGACAGUACAGGAGUAAUAACAUGGCCACUACAUGAGUUAUUACACAGACAGAGGCGUGGUAAUAACACAGUCACUACAGUAAUAAUAAUAAUAUUGAAUUGUGAACUUUAUCAUGAAAGAAAUAGAAUUUUUUGUGUUUUUUGUGUAUUGCUUCUUUGCUGAGUCACAUGCCCUUUUCAGUCUUCUCUCUUUUACAUGUCAUAUAUGUUACAGUUUGAUUCCCUGAUUCCAGUCUAAUUUGCACUGAAGUCUCUGUAUCCCAGAGCCAAACCUGCACCCUGCAUGACAUAAAAAUCCACCCAUCAGUAAACUGAAAUUGAGUUAACACAAUAUCAGAUACUGAGUGGUUAUAUGGCAUAAAAAAUAAACCAUUCAAUAAACAAAUGCCCACUAAGACGAAUAUACAUAAAACAGACACUCUGGAACAGUGUCUAUAUAUUGACCUGACCCCAUGACACCACCCAAAUCAUGUGAUUGGUUCAAAAUAUCAAAUAAGAAACCAAUUUUAUCAGAAUCUCACUUGUCACAAAGACUGAACUCAGGAUAAAAAAGGAGACAAAGAGACAGAAAACAGAGAUUACAGAGAGACAUAUUAGACAUGAGAGACAGGGGGGAAAAGAAACAGAGAGACAGAAGACAAAAGGAAAAAGAUAAAAAAGAGAUAGAAGGACAGAGAGACAUAAGAGACAAAAGGACUGGGAUACAAAGAGACAAAGUGACUGGGACAGAGUGGCAGAGAUAGAGAGGAGAGACUAAAGACAGAGAGAGGAAGAGACAAAGACACUAAAAGACAAGGGAAGACAAAACAACAUACAAAAAAACUGAAAGACAUAAAGAAACAAAAAGAUCAAGGACAGAGAGAUAAAGAGACAAAAAGACACAAAAAGACAGAAUGACAAAGAGAUGAAGGAACAGAGACAGAGACAAAAACACACAGAUAUGAAGAGAUGACAAAGAGACAAAGUUAAGGACAGACAGGGAGAAAAAAGACACAAAGAGAUAAAGUGACAGAGGCCAAUAAAGACAAGGACAGAAAGAGACAAAAAAGGACAAAAAGGCCAAAGACAGAGAGACAAAAACACAGAUAUAAAGAGAUGACAAAGAGACAAAGUCAGUGAGUUGUCUGAUAGUUUUCAAAUAAAUCUGAUUUUAACAUCUUUUGUAUUUUCAGAGAAUCUGACCUUUUUGUUUACUGUCUGUCAUUACAUCAUUCUUUAUUAUUUCCAUUUGUCCUCCAUCAUUUCUGAGUCUAUAUUUAGACAGAGUGUGAGUGUGAGAAGACGAACGUGAAAACAAUCUUUAUUUAAACAGGUGGAGGAGCAGAGAGCAAUUUUAUAUUCAGCUCAUAAUUCAAUGCAGGGUUCACCAACUGGAGUAAAUCUAACUCUGUCUUCAUUUCUGUCUGUGGGACACAUACGCACACACAUAAAUAUAUAUAUGUACUCCUGUUUCAGUGGGAGUGUAGAGGAUCUAAAGCAUACAUAGAAAAAUUACAGAGGCUGAUAUUUACAACCUUGAUUCUAUCAGUUAGGCUGCUGUGUAAAAUUUGAUGCUCUGUAGAUAAUGAUGUAGAAACCAUUUAAAGUCUGUGUCUUAAUGAAAAUGGUGUGAAGACCACAUAUCAGACUGACACUGAAAAAUGUUGUUUAAUUAGACAUCUGUCAUCUUAAAAAUCUGAUUCCAUGAAUGUGUUUGUUAAAAGUUGGUAAAAAAAAAAACCAACAGGUUAUGAGACACUCAAAGCUGUCUCCUAGAAGGAAAGAUGGAGAGACUGAGUGAGAAAAUAGUUCAACAGUUUCAGAAAAAUGUUCGUAAGUGUUAAAUGUGAAAGAAUGAGUGAAUUUUAUCAUCUACAGUACAUGGUAUCAUUCGAAGAUUCAGAGAAAAUUCUGUACAAAAGGGACAAAGACCAAAACCAGGACUAGAUGGUCCAGAUCUUUAGCCCCUCAGGCAGCACUGCAUUAAAAACAGACAGGACUCUGGAGUGGAAGUCACUGCCUUUUUUAAUGUGAGCAUGCUCAGUGGAGCAAAGAGCCUUGGGUAAUUAACACCUGUGAGUUCCAGAAUUUAAUCAGGAUCAAACAAAGACAGUCAGAUACAGAGACAGAGACUGAAGAUGAUGAAGUCACUUCUGGGUAUAACCCCCCCACACACACAUAAACUGAUGUUUUUUGGCAUUGUGUGUUGUUGUGUGUUGUUGUGAUCAGUGUGAUUAUCUAACCCUCUCACAGGAGAACAAAGCCUUCAGGUUUUGUCAUUUUUUACAGUGUAGGAGGUCCUGCCCACCUUUGAUUAAUAAUAGACUCUAACAACCUGAGAGACUGUUUGACUCACUAUGUGUGUGUGUGUGUGUGUGUGUGUGUGUGUGUGUGUGUGUGUGUGUGUGUGUGUGUGCGCGCACGCAUGCUGAAGAGAGACAGGAAAUGUGGGGUGUAGAGAGUGAGGGAUGAGUGGAGGCUGGGAAUCAAACCGACAACCACUGGUUCUUUGACAGGACUGACUCUGUGGUUUAUCGCUGCGCACUGACAUGAAGUUAACCAUUGGAGUUAUUAAUUUUUGUCGAAGUUAUCUAGUUACUUUCCCCCUGUGCAGCAGUGGGACACAGUUUGUUGACUUAAUUUAUUUAGUUAUCUGGUUAACAUAGUUUCGGACCUCUCUCCCUGCAGCAGUGAGCCCCAGCCAAGGCCGGUGGGCAUGGUUUUGGAGGGCAGCUCAGAAGCGCUGUGUCCCCCCCCAUCUCUGGAGCUGAGGCCAUCCUGCAAUAAGAGCCAGCCCUCUCCCCCGCUGGGCUCCAGCUCUCAGCCCCACGACGGAGUCUUCCUGGAGGACAAGGAGCCCGUCAAGUACGGGGAGCUUAUCGUCUUAGGGUAAGACAAGUUACCAUAGAAACUAUCACUGAAACAGGGGUCAUCUUAAAUGGUAAAUAGACUUUGUUUAUAUUGUCUUUUCUCUGGUCUUCUGAACCAUAGACUGUAUUUACUAUGGACUGCCUUCCUCCAGGAAACAGAUUUGAAGCCAAAUUGCUUUCUGUAUUUCCGCAAUUUAUCUACAUUUCCUGAAACCAACAUUGCGCAGUAGUGUUGUACGCACUUCACCACUUGUAGCAUUGUGCGCAUUCCGUGAGAGAGUCGCCGAGAGUCGCUGUAAUGACGCUCGGCUCAAACAGCAUAUCAUCCCCUAGAUGAGCUACACAAUCUUUGUAUGCCCAUAGGCUGUAUCAAGUGUCAAUCACAGAAAGCAUGAACCCCCUAAUAACUUUUAAAAAAUGGAGCUGCGCAGAAAAAAAGAGGACUUGAGCACAAACCAGUCUUACAGUAACUACAUGUCAACAUCGCAACUAAGGGAGAGAAAAUUUAGGUUCUGUGUAAUGACGUUCUAAAGUUUGUCCACAGCUCCAUAGAGAUUGCUGGAGGAGGCAGAAUUUAUGAUCUAUAUUGCAGCCUGUCACCAGAGGGUGCUGUUCUCGCGGUGGCUUCAUCCAGCAAGGAGGCAGACGACAUCUAUUCUAUAUGCAGUCUAUGUUCUGACCACUCAUGUCAGUUAUUAAAAGAAUAAGUGUGCAUGGACACUGGCUUUUGAAGGACAGUCUUCAGAGAUCUGAUCCUGGUCCACACCUGGACAUGGUCCAAACAUAUCGGCUCAGGAUGAAAGAAGUUAAAUAAGAAUAACCAUUUAUCUGUAACUUUAACCAGAAUCAUUAUCAGAACCAGAACCAAAAUCAGGAGUAGAACCAGAAUCAAUAUGAUGCUAAAUUUGCUCCUCACUAAUACAACACAGUUAUUGUAAAAUCUCAAGAAUACCACGUUUGUUACAUUAUUAUCUUUUUCACAGUAGGGUUAGCCUUGUUUAUAUAUCAUUAAAAUACUCUGUUCUGAUAUAAAUCCUCUUUCAGACACAAUGGGUCUCUGGCUAAUGGGGACAAAGGUCGCAGAAGAAGUCGUCUGGCUCUCUACAAGAGACCAAAAGCAAACGGAGUCAAACCAGAUGUUAUCCACAACGUGUCCACACCACUGGUGUCCAAGGUAAGUCACAACACCUCGGACCGCAGACAGAGCAUCAAAAUGUAAGCAUGCCAACACGCCAUUAACAACAAGUCUGUUGUCUUUUACAUGUUAGCAUGCUAUUGUGUGAAGUAGGGAGUCAAACAGCAAAAAAACAGUUACUCAGAAAAUCAUAUAGACAGCAGCACCAGAGGGGAGCUGAAGAUCUGUGCGCUUAGAGUCAAAGAACCAUUCAGGCCAUGAGCAGUUCCCUCGGGAAGCCUGCAGGGGGCAACAUCUCAAAACAAAAACACCUACACGCACGGAGAGAGCUUACCUACCUACCAAACCUACACAAGAUCGAUUUCAUCAAACACACCCUCAGUCUGUUUUUCUGUUAGAAGGUCAGAGCAGUCAGAGAGCUGCAGUGGGUGAUUAACUCUGAACACGAGCAGGUAAUGUGUCCAAACAUGAUCCUCCACAUUCAUGUAAAACCAGCCUUUCUGGACUGUAUUUGAAAUCCAGUUUUUGUCCGGACAAGUCCCUACUCUAAAAACAAACGUGGCUUUUAUAAUUUAACGUUAGCUAAGUUUUCCUCUCUUGUGCGGGAAGACAUGAUGAAGUCAUCCAGUUGAUGACCUCACCAUGAUGAAGUCAUCCAGUUGAUGCAGUCCCAUGCUUUAUGACUGUAUUUGCUCCAGUCUGAAGUGUCAAGUCACACAGCGUUUAAAACCCACAGGAUUCAACAUGAUGUACCAGAACAUAAUAACUGAUAAUCAGUCCCUUGUUAGCUGAAAUAAAAAGUUUGUGAUGAGUUUCCGCACAGCAGCUCCCUCUUGUGGCAAUGCAAUAUUAAUGUAGAAACCCAUGCAGCUUUAUGCUGUCAGACUAACCACAGAGUCUUAACUGAACGAACCAGUUCACUACAGCAGUGACCUGCAUCAUGUGACCUACAUCAUGUGACCUUACGUUUCUGUCCACAGGCACUCAGUAACAAAAGUCAGCACAGCAUCUCGUACACUCUGUCACGGAGUCAUUCAGUCAUCGUGGAGUACACACACGACACCAACACAGACAUGUUUCAGGUGAGUGUCAACACACACACACACACACACACAAACAAAUACAAACACACAAUUGUGAUUAAUCUGUUUAGUUUUUGAUUAAUCGGCUGAAGUUUGAAUAAUUAGUUUCAUUUUGAAUAACUUUCCAUCCCUUAUUUCCUCUCUGUCUCUCUCUCUCUCUCUCUGCCCCCCCAUUGCAGAUUGGGCGCUCUACAGAAAGUAUGAUUGACUUUGUUGUCACAGAUACAGCAGGCAGCAGUGGUCAGGGUGGGGGGGUGGCAGGUGAGGGAGGGGGCGGAGGACAGUCAGCUCAGAGCACCAUCUCUCGCUAUGCCUGUCGCAUCAUGUGCGAGCGCAGCGCCCCCUACACUGCCCGAAUCUAUGCUGCUGGCUUUGACUCCUCCAAGAACAUCUUCCUGGGGGUGAGUGCGCAUUUUUGUGGUCAGGGUUAGGGUUCGGGGGUUGGGGGGUGGGUAUGUAUGGGUCAAACAUCAUAGCAGUGAUGUCAACAUAUGGAGCAGGUGUGAACGAUCACUUACAAAUGACUAACAAAUUACUAGCUGACCACUAUGAGAUGACUAAUAGAUAACUAACUGAUCAACUAGACAUCACUAAUAGAUAACUAACAGAUGACUAAAAAGCAGUUCUAGAGAUUUGUUGGAUGUAGGAGUUGAAGGAUCUAUCUUGGUCCAAAAGAACUCCCUGAUUCUUAACUGUGGUGCUGGAUGCCAGACUGAUGCCAUUUAGUGCAGUUUCAUCCUUAGAAAAUGCCCCUCUAAGAACUUGUGUCGUCAUGAUAGAGUAGCAGAAAGUUUCUGGUCAUCCAGGUCUUUAUGUCUUUAACACAGGCUUCAGGUGAAGUAGAUAUGUUGGUUUCUUUUGGCUUCAGUUAUGGGUAUAACUGAGUGUCAUCUGUAUAACAGUGAAAAUUUAUGGAGUAUUUCCUGAUAAUGCAUAGUGCAUAUAUAAGGUGAAAAGGAUCGUUCUUAGCACUGAACCAUGUGGAACCCCAUAACUUACCUUGGUCUUCACAGAAUUUUAAUUAACAAAUGAAGAAUCUGACAAAUCAGAUUUAAACCAAGCUAGAGCAGUUCCUGUUAUACCUAUUUGUAGUUUAAGCCUUUGGAACAGGAUCUUAUGAUUCAACGUAUCAAAACGGCACUGUGAUCUAACAAAACAAGUACUGAGAGAAGACCACUGUCCAAGGCCAUCAGUAGGUCAUUUGUCCCCCUCAGUAGUGCAGUUUCAGGGCUAUGGUGGACUCCAAAUCCUGAAUGAAAAAUCCUCAGAUGAACUGUUACUGCUGAGAAAGUCACAGAGAGGAUUAGUUCCUACUUUCUCAGGCAACUUUGAAAUAAAGGGGAGGUUUGAUACCGGCCUAUAGUUUCUCAAAGAGCCUGGAUUGGAUUAAAUUUUAUCUAAUCUAAUCUAAUCUAAUCUAAUCUAAUCUAAUCUGAUCUAAUCUAUUUGAAUCUAAUCUGAUCUAAUAUAAUAUAAUAUAAAAUAAUGUAAUAAAAUAUAAUAAAAUAUUAAAUAAUAUAAAAUCUAAUAGAAUCUAACACAACAUAAUAUGAUAUAAUAUAAUAUAAUAUAAUAUAAUAUAAUGUAAUAAAUUUAAAUUUAUCUUAUUUAAUUUUAUAUAAUUUUAUCUAACCUAAUCUAAUUUGUAAUUUUAGGUCCUGGGUCAUUGUUAUUUUACUCAGUGAUUAUUAUUGUUUAUAUAUCCCUACACAAGAGUCAGAACAAUGUGUUUUUAUUGGCUGACAGCUAAUCAGUUUUGUUGACACGACAAAUUUCACUCUGAGCUAAAAAUAGAAGAACUACUCAGCAGAAACUCUUCAUCUGACCUCUACAUCUGUGUGUGUUUGUGUGUGUGUGUUUCCUGUCAUCGUGCGGCAUGUAGGAACGUGCAGCAAAAUGGCGAACGUCUGAUGGGUUGAUGGACGGUCUGACGACAAAUGGCGUGCUGGUGAUGCACCCGGCGGGGGAGUUUGUGUGUGAGCCAGCGCCGGGUGUGUGGAGGGAAAUCUCUGUGUGUGGAAACGUGUUUGCACUGAGGGAGACUCGCUCCGCCCAGCAGAGAGGAAAGCUGGUGAGGAAAAAAGGGCUGAUGGGAAAGUGAGUCCUGUGUCUGUGUGUAUGUGGUCACAUGACCGGAAGGUGCUCACCUGUGAACGCUCACAGCUCCACUCCACACCUCCCCCAGAUCCUGUCCUACCUGGAGCUGAGGGGAAACGCCGUGCUGUGGACGUUUGUGAUCAGUAAAAAUGUGGAAAUAAACGUUUGUGUCUGGAUCAGUAGUAAAAUUUAAUGAUUUAGAAGAUCAUUUAAAACUUUAAAAUCAUUUUCAGAGCGUUGAAAUUGAUAAAUAAUAUGUUACAAUAAGACUGUAAUUUAUCUCUAAUGAUGGAGCUGCAGAUCAUUGAUUUUUUCUUUAAUGAUCCAAAUUAUAGAUUACUUAUUAUUAUAGUUUAUCUGAUAUCAUGAUCUUCUAAUAUCAACCUGUAUACCUGUCAGUCCAUAACCAGUGUUACCUAAAGACAGCUAACUUGCAGUGUCACAACUUUGGUUUUAUUUCAUUCCCGGCCUAAUGAAGGUGAUGAGGAUAAACAUGUGGAGCACAGUGCCACCUGGUGGUCAUGUGAGAGUGUAACCUUAUUCCUGUAGAUAACCUCGAGAUGGUUUACUUGUCAAUCAGCUGAUCAGCUGUUUAACUCCCUCCUCCUCCCUCCUCAGGUGGAGAAUGAGUCAAAUACUCUCCAGGACGGCUCUCUGAUCGACCUGUGUGGGGCCACGUUGUUGUGGCGGACCCCCACAGGCCUUCGUCACACCCCCACCCUGAAGCAGCUGGAGUCCCUGCGGCAGGAAUUGAAUGCGGCACGGCCACAGUGUCCAGUGGGCUUCAACACGCUGGCGUUUCCAAGCCUGGCUCAGCGGGAGAUCGUGGACAAGAAGCAGCCGUGGGUGUACAUGAACUGCGGCCAUGUGCAUGGGUAUCACAACUGGGGCUACAGGAAGGAGAAGGGCCCUGCUGGCCCUGGGGGCACCGCGCCUCCCAGCACCGGAGAAAGGGAGUGUCCAAUGUGCCGCCGCGUUGGCCCCUAUGUGCCACUCUGGCUUGGCUGCGAGGGGGGGCUGUACCUGGAUGCAGGACCCCCAACCCAUGCUUUCUGCCCGUGUGGCCAUGUUUGCUCAGAGAAGACCGUUGGGGGGUGGAGUCAGAUCCCAUUACCCCAUGGCACCCACGCCUUUCACGCCGCCUGCCCCUUCUGCGGCACCUGGCUGACAGGUGAGCAGGGCCACAUUAAACUCAUCUUCCAGGGGCCCGUCGACUGAGACCGGGUCCCCUGGUGGGCAAGGGGAGGGGCUUAAAGACUUCAGAGACAAAAACUGAAGAAGAAGAAAAGUUCUGAUAAACAGACGACAUGACAAGCAAACAACAAAUAAAACGUCUGUACGUGGAAAUGUGUAAAUAAACAGUGUUGUCAUGGAAACGA